AUGCCACACCUCGAUGCCGGGCCCUGCCCCGGGCGAGGGCCACGCACGGCAAAAUGCGCGCAGAGAGUCUCACUCUUUCGCCCCCCAGAAACGCAACAAAAUCACUGCCAAGCGGCACAGGCUCUGGCUUGCUGCCCAGUGCGGGCAAAAACGACACGUGUGCUGCUCAUACCCCGGCCGUUUUGCAACACGGCACCCAAGAGGGCGGGAAAGCGUUCCGCAGCGGCUGGGCGGCCCCCUGUACCAACAAGGGAGCGCUUCGUCAGAGCUAAAGUAGGCCUUCGCGAAGUACUCAUUAGCCCACUCCGCUGCGACAUUCAGGCCUUCCUGCGGAGCCCAGUGGAGGACACCCCGCUUGCUGUGGCGCAUGGUGAGGGCGCUGCCAUCGGCGAAGAAGCCAUGGUGGACAAAAGGCGCCGCAGCAAGAUGGGCACAAAGCAACCCCACCGCGUUGCUGAACAGGGAUGGGCCCCAACGCUGUUCCCAGCGGAACUCCUCGCGCGAACGUUGCGGGGGAGGAGGUGGUUCAGCCGACGCCAACCCCGGCGUGCCUGUUACUUGGAGAAUGCCGCCGGCCAGUUUACAGUGUGGCCAGCGAUCGGCAGUCGCUGA